UUCAACUUCUCUUUGUUUUCUCUUUCUCUCUCUUUACUCUCUCUCUUCUCUCUCUUUCUGCUUCCAGGGUAGGUGGGACUUGAAAUUCAUUUUAAUAGAAGGAAUUUUCGUGGAUAUAAUCAACAACCGAUUUUGCUCUGCGCAGGUAAGAUCCGUUUUCAGAUCGCUAAGCGGAUCUUGCCUCCAAAACCCUGAAAACAGGCGCGGCCAGUCAGGCGAACAGAAGCGCAGGCCCCGCCCAGGCCUUGACCGGGUCUGCCGCGGUCCCAGGCAGUCCGGCCUCUAGAAUGCCCGCGCAAUUUCCCGCAAACCCGGAAGCGGACCUUUGGGGGUGAACGCCUAGAGCGCAGUUUCCGGUAGACCCGGAAGCCGAUCGCAUGGAGGAACUGUUUAGCAGCAGCGCGCCUCCCUUUCCUAGCCACUGGUUCUCCUGACCCCGAGUGUGGGGAGUGACUUCAGUCUCCUGACAUCCAGUGUUCUCUCGAGCCAGCUUCCAGCCCACCGAAAAUGAGCUCUUCCUAUCCCCUCCCUGUGAAUGUGUGGAGAAAAAAGAUGGGAACGAGUCAGAGGAAAUAGAGAAAUUUUGAAAGAGAAAUGAAGAAUGAGAGAAACAAUUAACAGACGGCAAAGUAGAAGGUUCACAAAGUUUAAGAAAGGGAGAAUAAAGUGGAAAAAUCUCAGAGGGAAUCCACUCAACAGAUGAGGAUUCACUUCCAAAGAGACAUAUUAUGCAAGGAAGCAACUCGGAAAACGAAAGAGAAGGAGUCAGGAAUGGCCCUUACUCAGGGACCCUUGAAAUUCAUGGACGUGGCUAUAGAAUUCUCUCAGGAGGAGUGGAAAUGCCUGGACCCUGCUCAGAGGACUUUAUACAGGGAUGUGAUGUUGGAGAACUAUAGGAACCUGGUCUCCCUGGGAAUCUGUCUGCCUGACCUGAGUAUUAUCUCCAUGUUAGAGCAAAAGAAAGAUCCCUGGAUUCUGCAGAGUGAAGAGAAAAUAACAAACAAUCCAGAUGGCAGGGAAUGCAUCAAAGGUGUGAACACAGAGAGGAGCUCUAAAUUGGGAAGUAAUGCAGGAAACAAGCCUUGUAAAAGUCAACUUGGAUUCACUUCUCAGUUACAUCUGAAUGAUCUGCAGCUAUUUAAAGCUGAAAGGAAAAUUUCUGGGUCUAAGCAUAUUGAAAAACUCAUAAAUGACAACUCCUCAGUUUCACUGCUUGAAAAAAUUUCUUCCAGUGUCAAAUCCCACCUUUUAAAUAAACAUAGAAAUAAUUUUGAUGAUGCUCCAUUACUUCCGCAAGAACAGAAAGCACACAUUAGGGAAAAAGUUUAUAAAUGUAAUGAGCUUGGCCAAGUCUUUAGAGCAUCUGCAAGCCUUUCUAACCAUCAAGUAAUCCGUAAUGCAGAUAAUCCUUACCAGUGCAAUGAAUGUGGCAAGGUCUUUAGUUGCAGUUCAAAGCUUGUGAUACAUCGAAGAAUGCAUACUGGAGAGAAGCCUUACAAAUGUCAUCAAUGUGGCAAGCUCUUUAGUAGCAAUUCAAACCUUUCACAACAUCAAAGAAUUCAUACUGGAGAGAAACCUUACAAAUGUCAUGAAUGUGACAAGGUCUUUCGAAGCAGUUCAAAGCUUGCACAACAUCAAAGAAUUCAUACAGGAGAGAAGCCUUACAAAUGUCAUGAAUGUGACAAGGUCUUCAAUCAAAUUGCACACCUUGUACGACAUCAAAAAAUUCAUACUGGAGAGAAACCUUACAGUUGUAAUAAAUGUGGCAAGGUCUUUAGUCGCCAUUCAUAUCUAGCAGAACAUCAAACAGUUCAUACUGGUGAGAAACCUUACAAAUGUAAAGAAUGUGGCAAAGCAUUUUCAGUGCGUUCCAGCCUCAUAACCCAUCAGUUAAUUCACACUGGAAGGAAACCUUACAAAUGUAAAGAAUGUGACAAGGUGUUUGGGCGCAAGUGUUUACUGACCUCUCAUCAGAGAAUUCAUACUAGAGAGAGACCUUACGGAUGCAAUCAGUGUGGCAAGAUCUUUAGUCAGAAAUCAGACCUUAUACGACAUCGAAAAAUUCAUACUGAUGAGAAACCUUACAAAUGUAAUAAAUGUGGCACAGCAUUUAGAGAGUUUUCAGACCUUACUGCCCAUUUUCUAAUCCAUAGUGGAGAGAAACCUUAUGAAUGUAAAGAAUGUGGCAAAGUCUUCAGGUACAAGUCUUCUCUAACCAGUCAUCGUAGAAUUCAUACUGGAGAGAAGCCUUACAAAUGUAACAAAUGUGGCAAGGUCUUCAGUCGUAGUUCAAACCUUGUAUGCCAUCAGAAAAUUCAUACAGGAGAGAAGCCUUACAAAUGUAAUGAAUGUGGCAAGGUCUUUAAUCAAGCAUCAUACCUUACAAGACAUCAAAUAAUUCAUACUGGAGAGAGGCCUUACAGAUGUAAUAAAUGUGGCAAAGCAUUUCGAGGGCGUUCAGGCCUUACUGCCCAUCUUGCAAUCCAUACUGAGAAGAAAUCUCAUGAGUGUAAAGAAUGUGGCAAGAUCUUCACUCACAAGUCUUCCCUCACCAAUCACCAUAGAAUUCAUAUUGGAGAGAAGCCUUACCAAUGCACCCUGUGCAUUAAGGUCUUUAGUCACAAUUCUGACCUUGCACAGCAUCAGAGAAUUCAUUCGUGAGAGUCCCUACAAACUGUGUAUGGCAAACCAUCAUCAUGAAUUCUAGCAUUAAUCAACAUCAGAGGGUCCAUACUAACUGGAAAUCAUAAAUGAAAUGUAUGUGACACGGACUUUAUCAGGGCCUGCCAAAUCACUAGACAUCACCACAUCACUGUGGAGGAUGAAACCACACAGAUGAAUUGUGUGUACUCGGGCCAUUAUUCAAGGACCAUUACUGUAGAAUACGGAUAGGAUUUACACAAGAAGUAACUCAAUCUCUGGUUCUCUGAUAUUAAUCUAUGAUAUUGCAUUCUGCAGAAUGCUAAGUCAAAAUAUGUUGAUUCUCAUGACAUGAUGUAUAUCAAAGGUGCAACAGUAUGUAAAUGGCCAGUUUUAUUCAGGCUAUAAAAAAUUAAAUUUUUUGGGACCUGUAGAAAAGGCUACUUUAUGACUUUAAAAUCUCUUCACGUGCCUUCCAUACAGGCCAUUCACUGUGGUCCCUGGGAAAGAAUCAGUAGGAUGACAGGGCUGACUUCAUUAGCUGAGGAUUAUUUCUAUCCAGUUUCCUGAUGAAGAAGGACAUUGCCUUUUCAGAUUAAAUGUUGUCUGAUUUAGAGAGCAUGGAGAAGUGGGCAGAGUAACAUAAAACUCUGAUGACCAUCAUCAUACUGUUGCAGUCAACACACUUUGUCUCGACCUAAGUGCACAGUGCUUCAGUUUCUACCAACUGACCAUGAAAUAGAGUAUGCCAUGAUCUUAAGGCAUGGGUUAUUAAUGGGAAGAAAGUAAUAGGUUGCUAGUGUCUGAUUAUAUAGUAGAAAUAAUUGAAGGAAAAAGGUAGACGCUUUCUCCAUUGAAUAGCAGUAGCUGCUGUUUAGCAAAGACUGAUGAGAAAUAGUCUUUUUUUUUUCCCCUCCCCGUGAGAUAGAGUCUCACUCUGUUGCCAAGGCUGGACUGUAGUGGUGUGUUCUUGGCUCACUGCACCCUCCGCCUCCUGGGUUCAAGCAAUUCUUCUGCCUUAGCCUCCUAAGUAGCUGAGACUACAGGUGUGUGCCACCACACCCAGUUCAUUUUUGUAUUUUUUGUAGAGACGGUUUAUGUUUACCAUGCUGGCCAAGCAGGUCUCCAACUCCUGACCUCAAGUGAUACGUUCACCUCAGCCUCCCAAAGUGCUGGGAUUACAGGCAUGAGCCACUGCACCCAGCCUCAUUUUUGAAAUGAAAGAACAGAUACCACAGUUGAGUGUUUAAUCAAAAUGACCAGAUCAGCAUAUUCUUUUUUUAUAUGACACAGAGUCUCACCCUUGUCACCCAGGCUGGAGUGCGGUGGCACAAUCUCGGCUCACUGCAACCUCUGCCUCCCUGGUUCAAGCAAUUAUUCUGUCUCAGCCUCCCAAGUAGCUGGGAUUUCAGGUGCGUAUUUUUAGUAGAGAUGGGGUUUCACCACGUUGGCCACACUGGUCUCGAACUCCUGACCUCAGGUGAUCCAUUCCCCUCAGUCUGAAAGUGCUGGGAUUAGAGGCAUGAGCCACCAUGCCCAGCCAAAUCAGCAUAUUCUUGAGUAGAAUUCACAUUUAGUUCUUGGCAUUAUAAGUUGCAACUGUUUGAUUUAGAAUGUAUGUAGCUCUCAUGUUCGUACUAAUAAAGUUUCAUUUUUCCUGAGUGAA